UGCACGAGGAACGGGAAGUGUUGCUCGCGCACAAGCUGGAACGUCAUCUGCUUCCUUAACAAUGGUGACUGUCACGACCGAAUCAUUGGUAUCGGCAAGACUCAGAGGAGUACUGCUUGUUGUCAUUCUUCAUUUUGUAUUAAUACCACCGCUGACUGCUAUAUCAGAGCCGGGAUAUUGGGUCCUGGAUGUGGAUAAUGAAGGUGCGAAGCAAAAGUUCUACUAUUUUCCGAAGACAAUGUUCAAUAAUACUUUAAUUGAGAUAAAAUUGCUCAAUGAAGUGUGUGCUGGUCCUGUAAACUUCACUAUAGCAUGGUAUUUGCGGAGUUCUCCUUGCUACGAUGAAGUGUUUGGACUUGAUCCUGAAUCAGCAAAACUCUAUUUUAACAACAACUAUGUACAGCGCGAAGGAAGCAAUGGGUUGUACAUAUACCACGAGUAUGAGCCUAUACAGUGUGAAUCUAGUAUUCCUGGAAAUAAGCUUGCAGUAGAAAACUUUGAUCAUCCUGAACGGCUGACACCAAUGACUUUGCCAACCACAAAUUCACAAAGCAGACGAAGGAGGGACGCAGGGAAGACAGAAGGGCAGACAAAAGAUGUUGCAGCAACAAACCUAUCAAGUGCUCCAAAAAGCAAAGACUCUUUAUCAGUGGAGACCUCAGAAAAACAGUCUAAAUCACACACUGCAGUGGCACAAACCUGGGAAGACAGCCCUUACAUGUUCAUCAUCAGAAUUGAGGCAAAUCCAGUUGUCGAAGAAUCAAAAUCAAGCAUAAAACUGGAGGUCAGGAUGUACGGCACCCAUCAAUACAUCUCAGCAUCUGAAUGGCCAUUGAUGAUCUUCUACAUGGUGAUGUGCAUCAUCUAUGUGAUUCUGGGCGUGCUGUGGUUGGCUCUCUCUGCGUGUUACUGGAGAGACCUGCUUCGGAUUCAGUUUUGGAUUGGAGGAGUGAUCUUCUUGGGCAUGCUUGAGAAGGCAGUCUACUAUGCAGAGUUCCAGAGCAUCCGUUACGAUGGCCACUCAGUUCAAGGUGCAGUGGUGUUUGCAGAGGUACUUUCAGCAGUAAAAAGAACCCUGGCUCGAGUACUGGUCAUCAUUGCUAGCCUUGGAUAUGGCAUAGUCAAACCAAGACUAGGAGCAUUGCUGCACAGGGUGGUGGGGGUAGGACUGCUCUACCUUAUCUUCUCCAUCAUAGAAGGAGUACUGAGAGUCAACACGGCUGAAGAUGACCUGGUGUUGCUGGCUGCCAUCCCCUUGGCUGUUCUCGACUCUACCCUCUGCUGGUGGAUCUUCAUUAGCCUGGCCCAGACGAUGAAGCUCCUUCGGCUGAGGAGAAACGUGGUCAAACUGUCCCUUUACCGACACUUCACCAACACACUCAUAUUCGCUGUCAUCGCUUCUGUUAUAUUUAUUGUGUGGACAACAAAGACCUUCAAGUUAUCCAAGUGCCAAUCUGACUGGAGAGAGCUGUGGAUAGAUGAUGCCUUCUGGCGCUUCCUAUUCUCAAGUAUCCUGCUCGUGAUCAUUUUCUUAUGGAGGCCGUCAGCCAACAACCAGAGGUAUGCCUUCAGUCCACUGGUGGAUGAGGUUAGUGAGGAAGAAGAGGGGGAGCAGCUAAUGAAUGAAGCCUUCGAGGGUGUGAAAAUGAGAGGAAUGAAACCAGAGACCAAUGGAAGUUCAAAACCCAGCAAAGUGGAUGAAGAUCUCAAAUGGGUUGAGGAGAACAUUCCCUCAUCAAUGGCUGAUGUUGCACUGCCGCCUCUGCUAGACUCAGACGAGGAGAUCAUGACCACAAAAUUUGAGAUGUCCAAAAUGGAGUAGAUCUAUGAAGAAGUAGUAUGCAAUGUAUAUAAAAUGUGUACGACAAUGCAAAACUGCUUUAUCCCAAAAUAUGAGCUUUUCAUAAGUAACAUCUGUACAUAUGUGGGACGAUGAGGGUAAUGCACUAAAGGACUUUUGUUUUAUUUUUAAUUGCCUGUUUGUAUUUAUAUUUUCUCAAAUAAUAUGGUGUAAGAGUUUCUUAAAACAUAACUGUAAAUUGCCUUUGACUGUUGUUUACAUAUCUACGGGACAAAAUGUGAUUAAAAUACGUUAGUUUGUGCAGUGUGCUCUUUCACUAAGAGGCUUUUGCACAACAAUCCUAUUAUUACAUAAAGAUGGGAAAACAUGUAAGAUAAAAGCUUUCUCUUCUGGUUUUCUUUAAUUCGUCAGUAUGCUUUCACAAAUUAACAGUACCUUUCUGACUUGGUGAUAUUUUCAAUAAAAGUGGCCAUUAAGUGUCAUCUUGUUGGCCUGUGCACCAUUAAGCAGAUUGCCUUUCAAUGGAUUUAUCUGACCUGAGUUUUUAAUGCUCUGUUGUCAUAGUUAAUAGACACUCG